AUGAAAAUCAUUUCUUUUAUUCUUCUCUUCUUCUUUUUGUGUUUUGCUAAAACAUUAGAACAAAAAAAGAAAUUACAAAUUACAAAACCUGAAUUAGAACGAUUUAAAAAAUUAAUUUCAAAACGAAUAGAUAAACAACUCUCAAAAAAUCCUAUUGAAGUAAUUCAUACACAUCAUUUAGAACAUCUUAAACUUCAUUUAACAUUUUACAAAAAAGAAUUAGAGAAAUUAGUACAUUCAAAAGACCAAAUUGAUAAGAAAAGAAUUCCAAAACUAGCAGGAAAAAUUAGAAAGAUUACAAUUGAAUUAGCUAAUGAACAAAAACGAAUUAAUUUAAAUGCAAAGAAAAUGGCAAAAGAAAUGAGCAAAAGUAUUAGUAAAUAUAGAAAAAUGUAUAUUGAUGAAGCCCUUCAAAGAGCACAAGGAAAUAAAGCAGCAACAAACAUUAGAAAAACAAAAGAAACUUUUCGUGAAGAAAUUGAUAAAAUUAAUCUUGAUCUUAUCAAACAAAAAGCAUCACACCAUCCUCCAAUCAAUCAACAUGUCACUAAGAAAAAAUUAGAACAACUAAAGGUAAAAACAAAAAUCUUAAUGAAUCGAACUUUCAAAAGAU